CCCGAUUACCAAUUAAGGCCGUCCCGGUGGAGACCAGAGAGGAUCCAACGGAAAAGGGACAGCGGCUUUCUUUGCGCCACCAGUGCAACCCAUCUCCCCCGCAGCGGGACGCGCGGAGCGUGAGCGCAGCACACACUCACACGCACACUUUGACCGACGGACUUCAGGCUAUGCGCUCUGACUGACCGGACACAUCGGAUCCAUCUCGCAGACGAGAAGAAAGCUUGGGAAGGAAAAAAAAGUGAGAAAGAGGGCGUGGCCGUGUGAAGUUAACUCCGCCCGAAAAGACAUAAGCAGCGAACAGAGAGCAGGCCGAGAGCAUAAAAAUGAGCGCGUCCUACCCCCGGCUCCACCAGAGCGCCGCGCCCGCUCCCAACGCUGUCUCCCCGGAUAAGGACGCAGAAAUGCCCGCCACGGAGAAGGACCUAGCCGAGGACGCACCAUGGAAGAAAAUCCAGCAGAACACCUUCACCCGCUGGUGUAACGAGCACCUGAAGUCCGUCAACAAGCGGAUCGGGAAUCUGCAAACGGACCUGAGCGACGGGCUGCGGCUCAUCGGGCUCCUGGAGGUCCUGUCCCAGAAGAAGAUGUUCAGAAAGUACAACCAGAGGCCCACUUUCCGCCAAAUGCAGCUGGAGAACGUGUCGGUGGCUCUGGAGUUCCUGGAUAAGGAGAACAUCAAGCUCGUGUCCAUAGACUCUAAAGCUAUUGUUGAUGGGAACCUGAAACUGAUUCUGGGUCUGAUCUGGACCUUGAUUCUGCACUACUCUAUCUCCAUGCCCAUGUGGGAUGAGGAAGAAGAGGCAGAUGAUGGAAAACAGAAGACGCCAAAGCAAAGGCUGCUGGGAUGGAUCCAGAACAAACUGCCAGAGCUGCCGAUCACCAACUUCAACAGGGAUUGGCAGACCGGCCGCGCCCUGGGUGCCCUGGUUGAUAGCUGUGCUCCAGGUCUGUGCCCUGACUGGGACCAGUGGGAUCAGACCAAACCAGUGGACAAUGCCCGUGAGGCCAUGCAGCAAGCUGAUGACUGGCUUGGCAUUCCCCAGGUGAUAACCCCAGAAGAAAUUGUUCACCCCAACGUGGACGAGCAUUCAGUCAUGACCUACCUGUCCCAGUUCCCGAAGGCUAAGCUGAAGCCUGGUGCACCACUGCGACCCAAACUCAACCCUAAGAAGGCACGUGCUUAUGGACCAGGUAUUGAGCCUGUGGGUAACACUGUGAAGAAAAAGGCUAUUUUCACAGUGGAGACCAUCAGUGCUGGAAUGGGAGAGGUGCUGGUUUAUGUGGAGGAUCCUGCAGGACACCGGGAGGAGGCUAAAGUUACAGCCAACAAUGAUAAGAACCGCACCUACUCUGUCGUCUACAUUCCUAAAGUCACAGGCAUGCAUAAAGUGACAGUGUUGUUUGCGGGGCAGCAUAUUUCUAAGAGUCCCUUUGAGGUGGAUGUCGGUACGGCUCAGGGAGACUCCAGCAAAGCCACGGCACAGGGACCAGGCAUCGAACCGUCAGGAAACAUCGCCAACAAGAGCACUUACUUUGAUGUGUAUACAGCAGGUGCUGGUGAUGGAGAUGUGAAAGUGGUGAUAGAGGAUCCUGCUGGGAAGAAAGAUACAGUGCCUCACACCAUUGAGGAUAAGGGUAACAGUAGCUACCGUUGCACUUACAAACCCACCCAGGAGGGGUCGCAUUCCAUCUACGUCACCUUCGCUGGCGGUCAGAUCAACAAGAGUCCCUUCACAGUUAGUGUGGGAGAAGCAUGUAACCCCAGUGUUUGCAGGGCUAAGGGUCGUGGCCUGCAGCCAAAGGGCCUGAGGAUAAAAGAAACAGCAGAUUUUAGGGUCUACACCAAAGGAGCCGGCACCGGAGAGCUCAAAGUCACCAUUAAGGGCCCAAAGGGUAUUGAGGAGCCAUGCAAAAGGGAAGAUCUUGGAGAUGGCGUGUAUGGUUUUGAGUAUUAUCCCAAUACUCCUGGAACUUACAGCAUCACCAUCACUUGGGGUGACCAGCACAUCCCCCGCAGUCCAAUUGAGGUCAACAUUGGUCCUGAGGCCGGCCAGCAGAAAGUGAGAGCUUGGGGUCCCGGGCUGGAGGGCGGUGUGGUUGGAAAAUCUGCCGACUUUGUGGUUGAGGCUGUGGGAGAUGAUGUAGGAACGCUGGGCUUCUCUGUGGAGGGUCCAUCUCAAGCAAAGAUCGAAUGUGAUGACAAGGGUGACGGUUCCUGUGAUGUGCGCUACUGGCCCACAGAACCUGGGGAGUAUGCUGUGCACGUGCUCUGCAACAACGAAGACAUUCAGCAUUCUCCCUUCAUGGCUAAGAUAGACAGUCCUCCAGGGAAAGAUUUCUAUCCUGACAAGGUGAAGGCCUAUGGUCCUGGUCUGCAGAGUACUGGUUUGGCUGUCGGAAAACCAACUGAAUUCACUGUGGAUGCCAAACAAGGAGGGAAAGCUCCUCUGAAGAUUGUUGCUCAGGACAGCGAUGGUGUGCCUGUGGAUGUCCAGGUUAAGGAUAACGGGAACGGCACAUACACCUGCAGCUACACGCCACGUAAACCCAUAAAACACACGGUCAUGGUGUCCUGGGGAGGCGUCAACAUCCCCAACAGUCCAUUCAGGAUGAAUAUUGGAGCAGGUUGUCAUCCUAACAAAGUGAAGGUUUCAGGACCAGGGGUGGCUAAGACUGGCCUGAAGGCCUUUGAACCAACAUAUUUUACUGUAGACUGCUCAGAAGCUGGACAAGGUGACAUCAGCAUAGGCAUCAAGUGUGCUCCUGGAGUGGUGGGACCGGCAGAGGCCGACAUAGACUUUGAUAUCAUCAGAAACGACAACGACACAUUCACUGUUAAAUACACACCUCCUGGAGCGGGUAGUUACACAAUCAUGGUCCUGUUUGCUGACCAGGCCAUUCCAAUGACACCCUUCAGGGUCAAAGUGGAUCCAGGUCACGAUGCCACUAAAGUCAAGGCAGAAGGACCAGGACUCAGCCGUAGUGGUAUUGAAUUAAACAAGCCCACACAUUUCACUGUGAGCACCAAGGGAGCAGGAAAGGCCAAUCUUGACUGCACCUUCAGUGGACCAACCAAAGGGGAGGCCGUCAAGGACUUUGAAAUCAUCAACAACCACGACAACACACAUACUGUCAAAUACACACCUGUACAGCAGGGUCCUCUGGGAGUUGCUGUGACCUACGGAGGAGAUCCUAUUCCCAAAAGUCCUUUCAGUGUUGGUGUGGCACCCACAGUGGACCUCAGCAAGAUCAAUAUAACAGGCCUUGGAGACAAAAUGACCGUCGGCAAAGAUCAGGAGAUCACUGUGAAAACAAAGGGUGCUGGUGGUCAAGGCAAGGUUGCUUCAAAAGUCACUGGCCCGUCAGGGAAACCAGUGGCCAGCAAGGUGGAGCCAGGCCUGAGCCCAGAAACCAGUCAGGUGAAGUUUAUUCCCCGGGAGGCGGGGCCAUAUGAGGUUGAACUGACAUAUGAUGGAGCUCCAAUCCCUGGAUCACCUUUCACCCCCACCGCUUAUCCUGCCACAGACCCAUCCAAGGUGCGUUGCUCCGGCCCCGGCUUGGAGCGCGCCAAAGUUGGGGAAACGGGGGAGUUCAUCGUGGACUGCACCAACGCUGGUCCAGCUGAGUUGACAAUCGAGAUCAUCUCAGACAGCGGCACUGAGGCAGAGGUUCACAUCCAAGACAAUGGAGAUGGAACCUACACAAUCACCUACAUCCCUCUGUACCCUGGUUCCUACACACUCACCAUCCGCUAUGGUGGCCAGGAUGUACCAAACUUCCCCGCUCGGCUCAAUGUUGAGCCCGCAGUUGACGCCAGCGGUGUCCGUGUCUUUGGACCAGGAGUGGAGGGCAAAGGAGUUUUCCGCGAGGCAACCACAGACUUCACUGUGGAUGCUCACACGCUCACAAAGACAGGAGGUGAUCAUAUCAAAACGGUUAUCAGCAACCCCUCAGGCAGCCACACAGACGCCAUAAUCACAGACCUCAGAGAUGGAACCUACAACGUGGAAUACACACCCUAUGAGGAGGGUCCACACAGUGUGGAGGUUUGCUAUGAUGGUUCUCCAGUUCCUAAAAGUCCGUUCCGUGUAGCUGUGACUGAAGGUUGUGAUCCGGCUCGUGUACGUGUGCACGGUCCUGGCCUGAAAGGCGGCACCACCAACAAACCCAAUAAGUUCACAGUGGAGACACGAGGAGCAGGUACCGGUGGUCUUGGUCUGGCAAUGGAGGGUCCAUCAGAGGCUAAAAUGUCAUGUACUGAUAAUAAGGAUGGCAGCUGUAGUGUGGAGUACAUACCAUAUGAGCCUGGAACCUACAACCUCAACAUCACCUAUGGAGGCCAACCCAUAACAGGCAGCCCAUUCACUGUGCCAGUCAGCGAUACAGUGGACAGUACCAAGGUGAAAUGUCAGGGUCCGGGUCUGGGCAACAACGUCAGAGCUAAUAUUCCUCAGGCAUUCACAGUGGAUGCCUCCAAGGCUGGAGUGGCCCCACUGCAGGUCCGCGUGCAGGGUCCCAAAGGUGUGGUUGAGCCUGUGGAGGUGGUGGACAAUGGAGACCAGACGCACACGGUCAACUACGUCCCUACCAGAGAGGGUCCUUACUCCGUUAAUGUGUUGUAUGCUGAUGAGGAGAUCCCACGCAGCCCCUACAAAGUGAAGGUGUUGCCCACUCAUGAUGCCAGUAAGGUGCGUGCCAGUGGACCAGGCCUCAACACCACCGGAGUAACUGCCUCUCUGCCUGUUGAGUUCACAAUAGACGCCAAAGACGCUGGAGAGGGACUGCUCGCCGUUCAGAUCACUGACCCAGAGGGGAAGCCUAAAAAGGCAAAGAUCCGUGACAACCAUGAUGGAACCUACCUGGUGUCCUAUGUGCCAGACAUGACUGGCCGAUACACCAUUCUCAUAAAGUAUGGAGGAGAUGAGAUCCCAUAUUCACCCUACCGUAUCAGGGCCCUGCCAACUGGGGAUGCUAGCAAGUGCACAGUUACAGUCUCAAUCGGCGGUCACGGUUUAGGUGCUGGUAUUGGGCCAACCAUCCAGAUUGGUGAGCAGACUGUGAUCACUGUGGACGCAAAGGCUGCUGGGAAAGGCAAGGUGACAUGCAGCGUGUGCACGCCUGAGGGGGUGGAACUCGACGUGGAUGUGGUUGAAAAUGAGGAUGGCACAUUUGACAUCUUUUACACGGCGCCGCAGCCUGGCGAGUAUGUGAUCUGUGUGCGGUUUGGUGGCGAGCACAUUCCCAACAGUCCCUUCCAAGUCACGGCCCUGGAAGGAGCUCCACCUGACCAGCUCAUGCAGCAGAGCCAAAUGCCCCAGUACUACACUCAGCAGCCCUGGGCAACAGACAGGGUGAUGGGAAUGAAUGGUCUAGAUGUGGCAGGGCUGAGGCCAUUUGACCUGGUCAUUCCGUUCACCAUCCAGAAAGGAGAGAUCACUGGUGAAGUUCGAAUGCCAUCGGGUAAUGUGGCUAAGCCAGACAUCACAGACAACAAGGACGGCACUGUGACUGUAAAGUACGCACCCACUGAAGCUGGACUGCAUGAGAUGGACAUCAAAUACGAUGGCAUCCACAUCCCCGGAAGUCCCUUACAGUUCUUUGUGGACUACAUGAACAGUGGUAAUGUCAGUGCUUAUGGCCCUGGCCUCAUCCACGGCACCGUAAACAAACCGGCCGUCUUCACUGUGAACACUAAAGACGCUGGAGAGGGUGGUCUGUCUCUGGCAAUCGAGGGUCCAUCUAAGGCAGACAUCAGCUGUGUGGACAACCAGGAUGGGACAUGCACAGUGUCCUACCUGCCUGUCCUCCCUGGAGAUUACAGCAUUAUUGUCAAGUACAACGACAAGCACAUCCCUGGCAGCCCCUUCUCUGCUCGAAUUACUGGUGAUGACUCCAUGCGGAUGUCCCAGUUGAAGGUGGGUUCAGCUGCUGAUAUCCCAUUGGACAUUGGAGAUCUUGACCUCAGUCAGCUGACUGCCUCCAUCACAACACCUUCUGGCCACGAGGAGCCCUGCCUGCUGAAGAUGCUUCGUAAUGGUCAUGUUGGCAUCUCAUUCGUUCCUAAAGAGAUUGGAGAACAUCUAGUGAACAUCAAGAAGAAUGGAUGCCAUAUUCCUAACAGCCCCAUUGUUGUUAUGAUCAACCAGUCAGAGAUUGGUGAUGCCAGCCGUGUGCGUGUGAGCGGUCAGGGCUUGAGCGAGGCAAGGACCUUUGAGCCAGCAGAGAUCAUCAUAGACACUCGUGAUGCGGGCUAUGGCGGCUUGAGCCUGUCCAUUGAGGGUCCAAGUAAAGUGGACAUUAACACUGAGGACCAGGAGGAUGGAACCUGCAAAGUCACCUACUGUCCCACUGAACCAGGAAAUUACAUCAUUAACAUUAAGUUUGCUGACCAACAUGUGCCAGGAAGUGCAUUCACAGUGAAGGUGACCGGUGAGGGUCGCAUGAAGGAGAGCAUCACCAGGAAGAGGAGAGCACCAUCAGUUGCCAACAUUGGCAGCCAGUGUGACCUCAGCCUCAAGAUUCCAGAGAUCAGCAUAGCAGAUAUGACCGCUCAGGUGACCAGUCCAUCUGGCCAGAUCCACAAGGCUGACAUUAUGGAGGGGGAAAACAACACCUACUGCAUUCGUUUUGUCCCCACCGAGACAGGAGUGCACACUGUCUGUGUGAAAUACAACAACAUGCAUGUGCCCGGCAGCCCGUUCCAGUUUACAGUGGGCCCCCUGGGAGAGGGCGGGGCACAUAAGGUUCGUGCUGGAGGACCAGGAUUGGAAAGAGCAGAAGCUGGAGUACCAGCCGAGUUCAGUAUCUGGACACGGGAGGCCGGAGCUGGAGGCCUCAGUAUUGCUGUGGAGGGGCCAAGCAAGGCUGAAAUCACAUUUGAGGACCGAAAAGAUGGUUCCAGUGGCGUGUCCUACAUCGUGCAGGAGCCAGGAGACUACGAGGUGUCAAUCCGUUUUAAUGACGAGCACAUCCCUGACAGCCCCUUCAUCGUCCCCGUGGCCUCGCCAUCAGAUGACGCCCGAUGCCUCACUGUUGCCAGCCUUCAGGAGUCGGGCUUAAAGGUGAACCACCCAGCGUCAUUUGCUGUCAGCCUGAAUGGAGCAAAGGGUGUGAUCGACGCCAAGGUCCACAGCCCGUCAGGAGCACUGGAGGAAUGCUGCGUUACAGAGAUUGACCAAGAUAAAUAUGCUGUACGAUUCAUCCCCAGAGAGAACGGUCUCUAUUUAAUUGACGUUAAGUUCAAUGGAAGCCAUAUUCCUGGUAGUCCUUUUAAGAUCCGUGUUGGUGAGAUGGGCCAGUCAGGAGACCCAGGGAUGGUGUCUGCAUAUGGACCAGGACUGGAGGGAGGCACCACAGGAACUUCAUGCGAGUUUGUGGUGAACACGAGCCGCGCAGGUCCUGGAGCUUUAGCUGUGACCAUCGAUGGGCCGUCUAAGGUGAAGAUGGACUGUGUGGAGUGCUCAGAGGGCUACAGGGUCACAUACACCCCAAUGGCUCCUGGGAACUAUCUGAUCUCCAUCAAAUAUGGCGGUCCUUACCACAUCGUCGGAAGUCCAUUCAAGGCCAAGAUCACUGGUUCCAAGCUGGUGUCCAGUCACAGUAUGCAUGAAACCUCCUCAGUGAUGGUUGACCCUGUGACCCGUUCCAUCAGCAGUACUCAGCAGGGCACCCCCGUCCAAUCUGAUGCAAGUAAGGUCAUGGCCAAGGGCCUGGGCUUGACUAAAGGCUACAUUGGUCAGAAGAACAGUUUCAGCGUCGACUGCAGCAAAGCGGGACGUAACAUGCUCCUGGUUGGUGUGGACGGGCCCAAAGUUCCCUGUGAGGAGAUCCUGGUGAAGCAUUUGGGCAACCGGCUGUACAACAUCAGCUAUCAGCUCAAGGAGCACGGAGAGUACAUCCUGGUGGUCAAGUGGGGGGAUGAACACAUCCCCGGUAGCCCCUAUCACAUUGUUGUCUGAAAUCUCUCGUACCACUGUUUUCACUCAAGUGGAAAAAUUCUAUCUAGAUUCUAACCAAUCGAUGUUUACAGCCUCAGUCCCUCCAAUAUUAAAAACUGAACCACGAUUUCUGCCUUUUUUGCUUCUCCCUUUAUAGCAAUUUAACUGACUAGAAACAAUUCAUGCCCGUGGGUUUUUUUGGUUACACCUGAUCACGUCACUUAAACCCAGCUCAAUGUCCCAACAGAGUGACACACUGAAUAUUCCUCCCUUACUUUAUUGUUCAUGCUAUUGUCAUUCCGCCACUCCUGGAGAGGAGAAAGAUGCACCUUUUCUCACUGUAAACUACCAGUCUGUCUCAUUACCUUCUCGCUCAUGGACAUGAGUGCCUGACCUGUGGAUUCGACUGAACUAGCUGGUGUAGCGCGAUAGUUGGCGGUGACGUUAACCUAGCUUUGAGUGGAGGUUUACAGUUUACACUGGUGGAGCUACUCAUUCAUACAUAAAAAUGAUUUUGUGCAGGAGUUAAACCUGUGAGUUAAAGUGCCCUUCAUCUGUAUCUUGCAAACCGUGACACACUUUAAAAAAAAAAAGCUAAAUUUGCUUGUAGUUCUUGCAGUGUUGAGACUCUGUAAUGCUUUAUUCUGGCCCUGUCCAGUUUGUUGUCAUGCUCUUUAACUAACCCGGUUGUCUUACUUGCUGCUAGUGUGAUCCACUUGAGGCACUGCUGUUCAAAGAAUCGGGAUGUGGAUUAGAGUAGGGAAGUGAUUGUAGGCGACGGUGCAGAAUGUGUGAAGAGCGCCUUGAAUUGUCUAACCUGCCUACAGACGGUAACACUGACGGUUUGUCUCGCACGCGCUGCUGGGAGAAGAUGCUUUGUAACGCGUUUUCUUGUAUGAUGCCUUCUCGUGUGCUCCGCAUGUGCAGACUGUAAAACACUGCCGAUAGAUGUCUUCAUUCACGAUAAUGUUUGAGCUCAACCUGGACGCAACACUGUGGUGGUUCGCUUCUCUAAGUCAGGAAUUCUUGCAUUUAAAUCAAGAAGGGAAUUUGUUUUUUUGUUGUUUUUUUACAUGUGCUGGGGGAAGGGCUGAAGAUGAUACUGUGGCUUGUUGCAACCUUAAACACACAAGACCAAAAAAGUUGCAUUUUGUGCUCUGUCCUCUUCAGCCGCCCUCAUUGUUCAAGCUCCUGGCUCUGUGCGACUUUCAGAAUUGAAAAAAACCUUGUCAUAGAUUAAAAAGGCUUUAAAAGUGUUUGUAAGACAGUAUUUUGAUAAACAAUAAAGUUGUCUAAGUAUUUUU